AGGCUUUUUUUCGAUCUACGAAACUUUUGUCUUGUUUUGUAACAAGUUUGCCCACCAGCGUGUAUUUGAUGUAUUCAACAGCCACUGUGCAUGCAGGAGACAGAAACAAAAAAAACAAAAAAAGGCGAUUCUCGGCGACAUAAGGGUUGCUUCGCAUCGAAACGAAAAAUCCAAUCGAUACGAAAUCUCGCGACAGCAAAAAAAGAGAGAACUCAAGUGAAAGAAAAUCUGCCUGAAGAAGAAAAAGACUGCGAAUCUCCAAGGAAAAUAAAAACAAGGUCACACCAGCACACUAAAUAUGAGGUUGAUAUUUGUGGUACAAGACUGAUUGAACUUUCAGUUCUUCGAAACGAGUUGAAAUCUUGCUCAAGCUGCAAAAGAGGUCCAUUAUCCCUUACAAACAUUAUGGAAGAAAAUCAAAGUGGUCUCAGUAGUAUCUUCAACAUUAAAUGCAGCUUCUGUAGUCACGUAAAUGAAGUAAAAUCCUCUGCUGAACACAGAGCUGGAAGCCAUGGUCCUCUUGUGACCACAGAAGCUGCAUUUAAUGCUGAAGAUACUUCUGAGACCACUUUGUUUUUCUUCCAUAAUGUUUACAAGGGAUAA